UCGCGAAACUUCGUGGCUCACUCUGUAACUGUGGCUUAUUGAAACAACUUUCUAGUUAAUUUACAGUUACCACUAACAUAUCACUUCAGAAUAAACAACUUUUGUGUUACAACUACAACUUCUGUUGUUACAACUAACAAAUCACUUUAAAAUCCACUCUAAAAGUUCAAAAUGGAACGUGUCGUGACAUUAAUUUUGUGGCAACUUCUAAUUAGCUGUGUGUUUGCAGAGAAUUUUACUUUUACCUAUCCUAUGGCAUUGCGUUGUAAGGAACACCUCUGCCAGCACGGUUACAGCUACGAAACAUUCUACGAGGUGGACGCAGUAGACCGGAGGAAAACCAAGGAAGCAGCAUUCGAAAUGCACCUGGCCAUUCUCGCUUCUAGCAAUGGACAUAUAUUGCUGUCCACCAUACCUCAUCCAGAGGCUAGUGAUCCCGUCUAUGAAAUUGUGGUGGGUGGCGGUGGGAACAAGUUCACGGAACUCCGACGCAAUCUACGACGCAACGCUAAGACUUCAGAAAAAACCGUGGGAAUACUAUCUCCCAUUGAUUUCAGAGCGUUCUAUAUUAGGAUGUCUGAAGAUGGUGUCAUAGAGUUUGGCAAAGAAGGUGAAGCUCUACCUAUUUUAAGCUACAAUGAUGUCGAUCCUCUUACGAUCAAAUACUUCAGUUUUGCCGCGUGGAAUGGCGUAGAAGCCAAGUUUCUGUACGACUGUCCUAACCCCAACGAUAACAGUACUGAUGCACCAGACUCGCAAGAAGUGGAACCAAAGCUAUCAAACUCUGAACAGCUUAAAAGAACAUUGCUAAUGGACCGUCCACCAAACCAACCACCAGGUCCGACUGUCAAUGUUAAAAUUGACUUCAGUGUCACCAGCGUCAAGUAUGAUGCUCUCGACUCCAAACUUACUACUGGAUUGGCUGUGGUUGCUGUUUGGACCGAUGACAGUAUGGCAUGGAAUCCAAGCAAAUUCAAUGGAACCACCAGCCUUAAAUUUCGACAGGGACAGAUAUGGCGUCCUACUUUCUUCGUCUUCAACUCUGACAAUACAGAUAUCAUGAACAGCAAGAAUACUGAACUAAUCUCGAUGGUCUACAGCGGUGAAGCAACGUUUCACUUCCAAUCCAAAAUAACUACAUGGUGUUACGAAACUGAAACUAUGAACAGAUGGCCAAAUGACGAGUACUCAUGUUCCAUUUUGAUUGGAGCUUGGGAACCACACGAGACAAUCACACUGGAAGGCCUGAGUACAAAAAAUAAUAAACUAAACGUGUUUGCUGACAUAGACGAUAUUGUAACAAACGAAUGGGACAUGGAUGUCAAGAUUGGAGUGGUUCCAAUCACAGUAUGGAGUAAACUAUUCGUGCAAAUGGACAACCAGACACAUCAGAGCGACAGAUUGCUGUUAACAUUGCAACUGAAGAGACGAGCUUCGGCUCUGAACAUUGUGUUUUACACUCCGUUGCUAGUACUCGUGACCUUCGUCCUCCUGUCGUUCUGGAAUGAGCCGCUACAGAUGUCCAGGGUUUGGUUCUAUGCCGUGUGCACCGCAGUCAUCUGUAUGGGCUUGAGUAAUGUCGACUAUUUGGUACCGUGUCAUAGUGUGCCUUCUAUAUUUAUACUGUACACUACCGUGCUAAUGGGGGUGCUAAUAGCAUUACUGGUACAAGUAGUGUUAAUGACGUCGCUGGUGCAGAGGCUCUGCAAGACGGUGUUCAUGCAAAAUAUACUCACCGCGCAGUGGUUCCGGACGGUCUUCUGUUUGCCUGUGAUGAAGACUUGCAAAAACUACGAAUCAAUAAACGAAGGAUACGCAUCACAAGAAGAUGAUGAUUCGGGGGUCAUCGUGGCUCCUAGAAACGGCCCUGUAGAAGAGAUGCAAGCAGAAGCCACCAAGUAUGGGGAGAGAGAAGAAUUAGCAGAAGCUAUAGAUAAACUAAUGUUCACUGUAUAUUCUAUUACUUUUGGAGUCAUGCUAGCGUUACAUUACUAGACAUUGGUAUAUAACAAAAACAUAAUGUGUUAAAAAUCGUAGGGAAUUCCAGAAUCUGUGUACCUAUAGAGAAGUAUUUUUGUGAUAAAAAUAUUUGUAAUUUUAGUUACGAUAUUAACCUAAUAUAGACUUUCAGUGUUC